CUCCUGUUUAACUACACUUUUACCGUUUGAGUAAAACUUGUGCGUCUCAUGCCCCUGUUUCCUUUUUUCAUCCUCUGAUUCAUCUUUGUCAUCCUGCUGACGGGCUGAGUUUGGAUUCUGGCAGAGGGGCGGGAGGAGAAGGCAGAGGAGCGUUGAGCGGCUCUCAGAUGGAGCACCGGGGCUCCUGGAGCUCAGGGCGCACGGCGAAUCCGGAGUGAGUGACGCUGGUGGAUGGACGAUACUCACCGGUUUGGGCUGUUCACGGCGCGGCCAUGACGGGCACCCAGGAGCCAGACCUGCACGAGCAGCAUGGAGGGCCGAUGCAGGAGGCAGAGGAUGGGGAGGAGGACGGGGAAAAGGUACAUAUCUCAGUGGAGGAAGAAGAGUUGGAGAACAAAGGAGAGGAAGAGGAGGAGAUGGAAAGGGAAGAGCUGCCGUACCCCUCCCUAGCACCAGUAGUUCUGUUGGCUCUGACCCAAACCAGUCCUCCCCGCUCCUGGUGCCUUCGUGUUGUCUGCCACCCAUGGUUCGAGCGAGUGAGCAUUUUGGCCAUCCUCCUGAACUGUGUGACUCUGGGGAUGUUCCAGCCUUGUGGCCACACCCCAUACUUUUUACAGGCUCUGGAUGAUGGGAUCUUUGCUUUCUUUGCCGGGGAAAUGGUGGUGAAGAUGGUCGCUCUUGGGGUCAUAGGUCAAAAAGGUUAUCUCGGUGACACAUGGAACAGAUUGGACUUCUUCAUUGUUCUUGUGGGAAUGCUGGAGUACUCACUGGACGGGCACAAUGUCAGCCUAUCAGCAAUCAGGACUGUUCGGGUUCUCCGCCCACUGCGUGCCAUCAACAGAGUUCCCAGUAUGCGCAUCCUGGUGACCCUCCUCCUGGACACACUUCCAAUGCUGGGUAACGUGUUGGCUCUCUGCUUCUUCGUCUUCUUCAUCUUCGGCAUCGUUGGAGUGCAGCUGUGGGCGGGACUGCUGAGGAACCGCUGUUUCAUGGGAGAGGAUGUCAGAAUGCGAUACAACAUCACCUUCCUAAAUAGCUAUUACCGGCCUGAUGGCACAGAUGACCAUCCGUUCAUCUGCUCGAUGGAGAGGGAUAACGGGAUGCUUCGGUGCUCCGACGUGCCUCGUCGUCGUGUGGCCCGGACUUACUGCUCUCUGGGUGCUGAGGAGGCCCAUUCAGAGACUGGACUCAAAGCAGAUGGACCAGUGACAUGUGUAAACUGGUACCAGUACUACAACGAGUGCCGGGCUGGGGACAUAAACCCUCACAAAGGAGCUAUUAACUUUGAUAACAUAGGAUAUGCAUGGAUUGCUAUAUUUCAGGUAAUUACCCUGGAGGGUUGGGUAGAUAUCAUGUACUACGUCAUGGAUGCACACUCCUUCUACAACUUCAUCUACUUCAUUUUUCUCAUCAUUGUGGGCUCCUUCUUCAUGAUCAACCUGUGCCUGGUCGUCAUCGCCACCCAGUUUUCUGAAACAAAGCAGAGAGAACAUGCCUUAAUGAAAUCAGAGCAGCGUGCCCGCCAGCUCCAGCAAUCAGCUUCCACGCUGGCCAGUGACAGUCAGCCCGGGAGCUGCUAUGAGGAGAUCAUCCGCUAUCUGGCCCACCUGGGUCGCAAGGCGUGGCGGCGUCUCUCCCGCUGGAUCAUUCGGACUCGCCCACGUCUCCAAUGCGCCUGCGUCUGCCGUAAAGGGAGCGGGUCGGCUCGAGGGGGUGGAGUUGGAGAGAUGAACGGACUCGCCAACCGGCACUCGGGCCACGCCUCCAAUGAUUUAUCACACCUUCAUCAAGUUUAUCAUUUACAUCACCAGCAUCAUCACCAUCAUCAACAGCAGCAGCAUCAGCCUCAGCCAGAGCUGGCCAUCAGCAAUGGAGGGAAGGGGUUUAAUUAUCCCUUCAUAUCACCACUCCUCAGUCACCUGGAUGAUAAGGACCGGGACCAGAAGAGGAUGGUUGCCACGGAAACUAUCAACAGACUGCCACAGCUGGUACUCGAGCACAGUGGGUCUGCUGGGCAUCCCUCUUUACCUCUGCCGGGUGAAGCCCCUGGAGAUUCCUCUGUAUGUCCGUACUGCAUCUACUACAACCAACUCAGUGAACAUCCAGAUGAGGACCAGCACCAGAGAAACUCAUGCAACAGCGACAGCCCGUGUCACCAUGACAGCCCCUGUCAUGGUGAUCCACAGCGGUCUGAUCUAAAAAAAACACUCUGGGAAUGCUGUUGGCUGAGACUCCAAAACAAGUUGGAACUUAUUGUUGGCAGCAGAUACUUCAGCAGAGGAAUCAUGAUUGCCAUCCUCAUUAACACUCUGUCGAUGGGGAUAGAGUACCAUGAGCAGCCGCAGGAGCUGACAGAUAUUUUGGAGAUCAGUAACAUGGUGUUCACCAGCCUCUUCAGUCUGGAGAUGCUGCUGAAGGUGCUGGCUCUCGGGAUCUUUGGCUACAUCAAGAACCCUUACAAUGGCUUUGACAGCAUCAUUGUCAUAAUCAGUGUGUGGGAGAUUGUAGGCGAGGCUGAGGGAGGCCUGUCGGUGCUUCGUACCUUUCGCCUGCUGAGAGUUUUGAAGCUGGUGCGCUUUCUUCCUGCUCUGAGGAGGCAGCUGGUGGUGCUCAUGAAGACCAUGGACAAUGUGGCCACAUUCUGCAUGCUGCUAAUGCUCUUCAUUUUCAUAUUCAGCAUUUUGGGGAUGCAUCUGUUUGGCUGUAAGUUUGGCUUGCAUCAAGAAAGCGGAGAGACUUUGGCAGACAGGAAAAACUUUGAUUCUCUGCUGUGGGCGAUUGUUACCGUGUUUCAGAUUCUCACUCAGGAGGACUGGAACGCUGUGCUUUACAACGGGAUGGCCUCCACCUCUCCGCUGGCUGCCCUCUACUUCGUGGCCCUCAUGACAUUUGGGAACUACGUCCUCUUCAACCUGCUUGUUGCCAUUUUAGUUGAGGGCUUUCAGGCUGAAGGUGAUGCCAACAAAUCCGAGGCUGAUGACGAGAGGCAGUCGCUCGGCUAUCAGGAUGAGGAGAAGCUCAGAGAGCUCUAUGCUGCUGAACUCAAGAUCCAGGCCAUGAUGCUGAGCCCCAAUGGUCUACUGAACCCCAAGGCCUCAAUGCCUCACCCUGCUCCUCCUCCGCUGCCCGUCAUCACACACACCGCAGCCACGCCCACGAUAAACUCCAGCCAGCCCCGCCGGCCCAGUGGAGUUUCCAUGGAGGUCAACAGCUUGGACCAGAGAUCGCUGUCUUUGUGGGACAGUGGUCCUGAGAGCCGUCGCUCUAGCUGGACGAGCAUCAGUCGAGCACCAAGCCUGCACAGGAGAAGUCAGUCAGGGGAGAUGGAGUCCCUCCUGUCCGAUAUGCACACAUGCUCCACUCCCAGCAGCAAGGAGCAGUCUCUGGACCAGUCAGACCACCUACAGGUUCCCAUGCUGCUCUCCCCAGACUGCAACGGCACCACCUUUCACCUCCCGGAGCUCAGCAACGAGGAUGCCACGUCAUGUUACCAUACUGAUAAUGAAGAGGAAGAGACUGAAGAGAGUUUAUGUAAGAGGCUGAAGAAGAUGCUGGAGCCAUAUGAGCCUCAGUGGUGCAGAGAGCAUGAAGAGUGGUCGUUGUAUCUGUUUGCUCCACAUAAUGAGCUCAGGCUGUGGUGUCAGAAGGUCAUAAGUCACAAGAUGUUCGAUCACGUUGUCCUGCUUUUCAUUUUUCUGAACUGCAUCACCAUAGCGCUGGAGAGGCCUGAUAUACAUCCUAAGAGCUUGGAGCGAGUGUUUCUCAGCGUGUCCAAUUACAUCUUUACCGUCAUCUUUGUGGGCGAGAUGAUGAUCAAGGUUGUAGCAAUGGGCCUGUACUUUGGAGAAGGUGUGUACCUGCAGAGCAGCUGGAAUGUCCUCGAUGGUGUGCUGGUUUUUGUGUCCCUGGUGGACAUCUUGGUUUCCAUUGCAUCAACGGGUGGUAAUCGAAUCCUGGGCAUGCUGCGAGUCCUUCGCCUGCUUCGCACCCUGCGGCCGCUCAGGGUGAUAAGUCGGGCUCCAGGUUUGAAACUGGUUGUCGAGACCCUCAUCACAUCUCUCAGACCGAUUGGAAAUAUUGUUCUGAUCUGCUGCGCAUUUUUCAUCGUGUUUGGAAUCCUGGGAGUGCAGCUUUUUAAAGGCAAAUUCUUCUACUGCGACGGGCUAAAUCUCAGCAACAUCACCAACAAAACCGAGUGUCUGCAGGCGGGUUUUCGCUGGAUUCGACGGAAAUACAACUUUGACAACCUCGGACAGGCGCUGAUGUCGCUCUUUGUGCUGUCCUGUAAGGACGGCUGGGUGAGCAUCAUGUACGAUGGCCUGGAUGCUGUUGGGGUGGACCAGCAGCCUAAAAGAAACAACAACCCAUGGAUGCUGCUGUUCUUCAUCUCUUUCCUCCUCAUUGUCAGCUUUUUCGUGCUCAACAUGUUCGUGGGCGUGGUCGUGGAAAACUUUCACAAGUGUCGUCAGCAGCAGGAGGAGGAGGAAGCCAGGCUGAGGGAGGAGAAACGACAGAAGCGACUGGAGAAAAGGAGGAGAAGAGCUCUGGAGAAGCCAUAUUACGCUGACUACUCCCCUCUGCGUCGAUCCAUACACACAGUGUGCACCAGCCACUACCUGGAUCUCUUCAUCACCAUCAUCAUCUUCACAAACCUCCUCACUAUGAGCAUGGAGCACUACAACCAACCUCAGUACCUGGAUGAGAUACUGAAGUACUGCAAUUACGUCUUCACUCUGGUUUUCGUCAUUGAGGCAAUUCUAAAACUCAUCGCUUUUGGCCUGCGACGGUUUUUCAAAGAGAGAUGGAACCAGCUGGACUUAGCCAUCGUGUUGUUGUCUAUAAUGGGAAUCACGCUGGAGGAAAUAGACCUGAAUGCUUCCCUCCCCAUCAAUCCCACAAUCAUACGAAUCAUGAGGGUCCUCAGGAUAACAAGAGUGCUGAAGCUGCUGAAGAUGGCCACAGGGAUGAGAGCUCUAUUGGACACAGUGAUGCAAGCUCUGCCUCAGGUGGGGAAUCUGGGUCUGCUCUUCAUGUUGCUGUUCUUCAUCUAUGCAGCUCUGGGAGUUGAGCUCUUUGGAAAACUGGAGUGUUCAGAUGAGAACCCAUGUGAGGGUCUUAGUCGGCACGCCACCUUCGACAACUUUGGCAUGGCUUUCCUCACGCUCUUCAGGGUGUCCACUGGAGACAACUGGAAUGGGAUUAUGAAGGACACCCUGCGAGAGUGCCGCCCGAACGAUCGCCACUGCCUUAACUACCUACCUCUGAUCUCCCCUGUCUACUUUGUCACCUUCGUCCUCACGGCCCAGUUUGUGCUGGUCAACGUGGUCGUCGCCGUUCUGAUGAAGCACCUGGAGGAGAGUAACAAGGAGGCGCAGCUGGAGGAGAUGGAGGAGAGGAGGGAGAUUGAGGAGAGGAGGGAAAGGGAGGAGGCGGCCCGGCGUCUCAGCUGUGCAUCUGUGGGCGGAGACCUGGAGAUAAACGUGGAUAUGCCUGUCCAGGUGCAAGUGGAAGACGAGGAGUGUUCCCAUGGAAACCGGCGGAGGAUGGGACGCAUGCUGUCUCUCCCCAGCGACAACUACGUCCCGCCUCUCAGAUGCUCCUCUUAUGCUCCCAUUGGCCACGAGGCCGUCUGCGGCUACAACUACUCAGGCUCCAUGUCCUCUCUGGGUUCCAGUGGAGGUAGCUCUCUGCUGCAGGUUCCAGGAGCUCUUCCUGCAAUCAGCCAUGCUUCGCUGGGGUCUGGACGCAUCUCCAGGCCCAUCAUCUGGCUCAGCACCUCUCAGACCAUCGACAGGCACUCAGUACACAGACUCAGUCCAGCCGACAGCAUGGAGGGAUACAGGCUCAGUUCAGCUCACCGGACAAACAGGCACAGACUGAGCUCAGCUCACAGUAUAGAUGGAUACAGAUUCAGCCCGACCCAUCGAAUAAACAGACACAGACUUAGCUCCACUCACAGUAUGGACGGAUACAGGCUGAACCCAGAUCCGAACACAGACAGGCCGAAGCUGCUGUCCAGCCACAGUAUAGACAGAUACCCGUCUGUCAGGCUGAGUCCUACAGACGCUGAGAGCAGACGUUCUUCCUGGCUCAGUCCUGAGGAGAGUUUCGACAGAAACAAGCUCAGCCCCACCUACGUUCCAGAAAGUUCGGUACUAAAGAGACCAGCGUCCUUCCGCUCUACAGGGAGACAGUUAAGGAGACAGGAAGCUGUGCUCUGUGACUCUCUGGAUCAGAGCGGUUCAGCUGACGACCUGGCAGAAACCUGCCUCACUGUGCCCACAGCCUCCUCCUCUCCACCGCGCCAGCGAUCAUCCAGCGUGCACACGCUGAAAUAUUCCCACCCCCAGAGGGUGAUCUCAUGCAGGACCCACAGCCGGAGCCACAGUGAGACCACUACCCAUGAACAUGUACCUGAGCAGGCCAUCCGUGGCCCGCAGCCAGGAACAGAUGCAGAAACAAGGCCCGUCACCCCACAGGGCCCAUGCAGUUUGGAGGUCAACAGCAAUGAAUUUACUCUUUCAGCUCCGCUCCCUUACUCCAGAGUGGCCUGCCCUGGUGCUGCCGCUGGAUCAGACCUCGCCCCCAAGCUGGACAAUGCUGAUGAGGAGGUCGAUCUUAUAAACAGUUCAGUCACACAGCCUCUUGCUGGUUCCUUACAGAAGAGUGGACACCUCUCCCCGAGUCCUGGGGAGCACCGAAAUCGGCUCAGUCAAUCAGCAUCGCCUGUUUCAGGUAGGAGCAGGAAGCAGCGUAUGAGCCCGCCGCCGGGCGAGGAGCCAGUUAUAAUGGCAACUCAGUUUAUAGACAGCAGUGUUGAGCUGAGGAGGCGGACUCUAUCGUUUGACGCCACCAGCCUCUCUCCUAAUCAGCAGGAGGGGAGCUCUGUGGAUGACUAACAAAUGGAGACAAACAUUCAGCUGAACUACGCAUGAGAGAAAGAGUGGCAAUCUGAAACAGGAGGGUUUCCUGUCCUGCCUGUCACCCUGUCCUCUUAUCACAUUUACACAAUGUGUGAAAAUAACUAAUGAUGUGUGUAUGAGUGAGGAUAUCUGGAGACUCUUUUCUGCGUCACGCACAAAAAAAAUGCACACUUAAAGAGAAGUUUCCUUUUCUUCUAUCAUAGUCUUAGCUUUAGUUCAGGUACAGUCGUUGCCUCUUCCCGGCUAUAUUUACUCGAACAGUAAAACCUUUCUCUUGGUUGCUGUCCUCCUGUUGCCAUCAGUCAUCUUUUCCUACAAGCCAAGGUCAGAAUACAACACAUACAUCCUGACGCUUCUUAUAUACAGUGCCUUGCAUAAGUAUUCAUACCUUUUAAACUUUUCCACAUUUUGUCAUGUUACUAAACAAACUGCAAUGCAUUUUAUUGGGAUGUUCUGCUAAUAAAUAUCUGAAACAUGUGGCCUGCAUUUGUAUUCAGCCUUUCCUGAUUCAAUACGUUUUAGAUCCACCUUUUGCUCUAAUGACAUCUGCAAGUCUAUGUCUCUACCAGCUUUCCACAUCAAAACACUAUCCUUUGCCAAUUCUUCUUUGCAGAACAGCUCAAGCUCAGUCAGAUUGGAUGACUAGCAUCUUUGAUGAUUAUGCUUUCAUCUACACCAUUACAUUGUAGCUCUGGCUGUAUGUUUAGGGUUGUUCUCCUGCUCUACGGUGAACCUCCCCCCCAGCUCAAGUCUUUUGCAGCCUCUAACAGAUUUUCUCCUGGGAUUCUUUUGUAUUUCACUUUACCCAUUCCCACAGCAUGAUGCUUUCACCACCAUGUUUCACAGUGGGGAUAGUUUGUUCAGGGUGAUCUGACAUUUAAUUUUCACCACACAACCAAAACGUGAAAUAUUACUCUCAUAUGACUAGAGUCCUUUCUUCCCUGUUUGCUGUGUCCUCGGCAUGGCUUGAUGCAAACCACAGACAUAAAACUUCUUAUGGCCUUUUAACACCACCUUUCUUCUCCCUAGAUUCUUCCAUCCAGACUGUUGACCUCUUUGCUCCUACUGUUUUUAUUUUUCAGGUGAAAAUUGUUUUACAACCUAACCCUGCUUCAAACAUCUCCACAACUUGACCUGUCUGCUGUGUUCUUUGGUCACCUCAAUGCUGUUUGUUCACUAAUCUAACAAAUCUAUGAGGCUUCAGAGAACAGUUGGAUUUAUGCUGAGAUUAAAUUACACACAGCUGGACUAUAUUUACAUAUAUUAAAUGACUUCUUUCUGUUUUUGCACUGGAUUUUAUUUAGGGGUAACAGAGUAAAAGGAACUGAAAUAGAAGUGCAUGCCACGCUUUUCAGAUUUUCAUAAUUAAAAGGAUUUAUGUAUUGGUUUAUUUCCACUCCAUUGUUAUGUACGACUUUGUGUUGGCAUAUUUUAUGAACUCCCAAUAAAAUCUAUUUAAGUUUGUGGUUUUAAAUAUUAAACACAAUGUGAAAACGUACAAGGUAUGUCAAUACUUUUGCAGGGGACUGUAUUUCCCUAAGUCAAUGAAUUGAUUUUAUUUAGAAAGCACCAAUUGUCCACAGGAACGUAUUGGGUCUAAGUCAAAGCAACAGAUUUUCUGUCAACGCUAAUCGAUCAAGAUAAACGUGUCACAAUUGAGAAAUUCACACCUAACUAAAAUCAAAUAGUGGUUGAUACUUGUCUGUUGUUUUAUCAGGUGUUUAUCAAUUGACUCCACCAAAACAAAAUCUCCUCAAGUCUUUUAAAAGUAUUUUAUUUUUCAGAAAUUUCAGUGAAAAGGCCAAACUUCAUUUCCUUUCUUUAUAAAUUAUCAAAGCUAAAUAAUUUCAUGAUUCAAAAAUUUGACGCUAUAAUUGCACAUCGAAUGACUGAACCCUGAACAUGAGUUGAUGUUAAUUUAAAAAAAAUGUUCAGAGGAAAACGGCCUUGGAUAAACGUCUGGGUUUAAAUAUGAUCUUCAUCCUCCAUUUAUCUCUUCCGUCUUGACCAAUACUACCACUGGAUGUUGUUCAUUGAUUUGAAAAUCUGCUGCUCCUCGAUAUCUUUUUGAUUUUCUGUGAAGAACUUCCAUGACUGGAUACACCCAGUUUCCAACAGCCUGGAGAAUCGAUAUUGCUUUUUCAACCGUUCCGAUAAAAUCCUGUAGUGUGACCUGGGCUUUAGCUGUCUACCUCUCUUCUUUUUUCCUAUUCCCAUUCAAUUUGUUUCUUCACUAUUUUCUUUCUCUCCCCUCCCUCUGUAUGUCUAUGUAUUCUCAGGGUAGUAGUAGUUCAGACACAGUUGAGUGUGAAGCAUGUGACUAGAGCUCUGCAGAGUUAGAGGGCCCCCUGUUGUCUGAACUUGGAGUUGCCCCCUUUUUCUCUGUUUAAAGAGACAAAGCUGCACGCGAGCAGGGAGGUGACUUGGAUGGAGCUACAGAAGGGCUUAUGCAAGUUAUGGAACAAUGCUUACAGUUUGUAGAGAAGGAUAUAUUUUAUUAAAGCUGUAGGUGCGGUGAAAGAAAGAUGUAUUUCUACAUUUUUGAAUGUCAGUUUAUCAGGAUUAUGUCAGUAAGAGAUACACAGUGAGCUGUACAUGAUUGGACAGAGCUGGAAUAAAACCACUUCCUGUCUGACUUUCA